GUGUUCGACUGUCGACAAAAUAACGGCAAAAAUUGAAAUUAACGUUUGUUUACAAACAAAGCAACUGAGUCAGUGGAAUUGAAGUAAAAUAAAUUUAAUGAAAUUAGAACUGAACAAUGACAAGUAAUAAAAAUGAUAAAGUGACUAAGCUACUGCUAACAGCGGCAGGUGUUGGAAUCUGUACAUUUUUGUUAAUAAAACACCGAAAAACGAUUGCGAAUAAAUUUAUAAAAGCAAAAGAUGUAAUUUUCUAUGAUAUUGCGAAAGUGCAGCGAAGAAGUUUCAGUGUACACAUCGUAAAUGAUCCAAAAGACUGUGCUGGAAUCAUUAAUAUCCUUAAAGAGCACUGUAAGUCAUUUAAUGUUCUUGGAUUCGAUUGCGAAUGGGUCACUAUAAAUAAUGAAAGAAGAAAGGUUGCAUUAAUCCAGUUAUGCUCUGACAAAGGACUUUGUGCAUUAUUUCGUGUCUGCAAAUUUAAUAAAAUUCCUUUAGAACUUCGUGAGAUUUUACAAGAUCCAGAAAUCAUGAAAGUUGGAGUUGCGUCCAUUGAUGAUUCUAAUAAAUUAUUUCAAGACUUUGCAUUGAAAGUGAAUGGAACAUUUGAUUUACGAUUUUUGGCUCUACAUGCUAAUCAUAAGCCAGAAGGAUUAGCAAAAUUAUCUAAAUCAGUCAUUAAUAUUGAGCUGGACAAAAAUUGGAGAUUAGUUUGUAGUGAUUGGGAAAGUCCAACUCUUUCAAAAGCUCAAAUUGAUUAUGCAGCUAAGGAUGCUUUUGUUGCUGUUGAGAUUUUCAAGAAGCUGUAUAACAUUGCUCGUCCUAAUAUGAAUCAUCCAUCAAAAAUUUCACACUUCUGCGACACGUACACUGACAUCAGCUUUAAAAACAAACUGGCACAGUUGAAUCUUGACCCAGCAUGUGAAAAUGGAAUUGAAAGGCAGUUACUUAAUCGAAAAAAGGAGAUCAACAAAAUUUCAAAGCGAGCGUACACAAAGUCUACAAAUCUCUAUGAUAACUGCUUCCUCCAAGCACCAGACGGUACCCUACUAUGUACAUGUGAUCGUCGAAAAGCUGAAUGGUAUGUGGCUAAAGGACUUGGAACUACAAUGGAAAUUGAGCCAACCUUUACAGUUCGAUUGAAUUUUAAACCAGCUGGCAUGCCAGUCGGUGAAGUUGGUGAAUAUUAUCAGACAUCAAGAGAAAAUAAAUGCGUAGUAUGUGGACGAGAAGAUGAGCUUAUUAGGAAGAAUGUUGUGCCACAUGAAUAUCGCAAAUACUUCCCAAUAGUUAUGAAGGAGAAAACUAGUCAUGACAUUUUAUUAUUGUGCUUUCAUUGCCAUCAAAUAUCAAAUAUGAGCGACAUUAAAAUAAGAAAAAUGUUAGAGGCUAAGUGCGAUGCACCAAUCUAUGAACUUCCUAAAAAUCAAGAUGAAUUGAGGAAGAUUAGAUACAUCCAACGAUCAGCAGGAGCGCUUUUAAAUAAAAAAGCUAAAAUACCCGAAGAAAGAAGAAAGGAAUUGGAAAAGGUUGUUCAGGAUGAAUAUCCAAAUGAUAUAUUAACUAUUGAUUUCCUUUAUGAAAUUGUAAAUGAAGCAGAACCAACAAUUGAGCAUAAGACAUCACAUGGAGAAUUAGUUGUUGAAUAUUAUAAGAAAAACGAAGGACUUAUUGAGCUAGAGAAAAUUUUUCGACAGCACUUUUUGAAUACAAUGGAACCACAAUUUAUGCCAAAACUAUGGAAUAUUAAUCAUAACGCAAACAGACUAGGAAUUCGUGCAAUUGAGCAACGAAUUGAUUUAAAAGAUUUGGAAGUAGCUGGAAUAAAUGAAAAAGUCAUUCAGGAUGUUCAAUCGUCUAUUAAGGCUUAUUCAGAAAACGAAGCUAAUAACUCAUCCAAUAAACAAGACGAUGAUUCAAUUUCAGUCACAUCAUUUCAGUCAGCUGCAGAAACACUCAAUUAUAGCGACAGAUAUAAUCGAACUGAUGAAGAUAAAUACUUCUCAGACACAGGAACUAUUACUAGCUUUUAUGAAACAAUUAGAAGUGAUGGUUCAGAUUUGACUGAUUUUCAGUCAUUUGAGAAUUCAGCCAACGAAGAUUCAGACACAUCUACAGCCAAAGGAUCGGGUUCUGACACAGAAGUUGAGGAAAGCAUAUACUUCAAUUAAAAUCUUUCUUAUUAUAUACUUGUAAUUAUUUCAAAUAAAGGUGCUGGUCAGUUUAUUAGUUCAAAAUA